AUGGCCGAGCUGUGGGACCAGGGCUACCUGCCGAACUUCGUGGGCGCAUCGGUGCUGGGCGCGCUGCCAUUCGCGGGCAGGGCCCUGCGGUUCGCGGGCUACACGCCCGCGACGCGCGAGUCGAUUCGCCGCUGCCUCGACAGGCCGUACCCUCGCAACGUCACCGCCGCGGGCAUGCGCAAGGGAUUUGCCGCGCUGGCGGCGGAGAAGGAGGCGAUGCUGGUGCCCGGGUACAUGUUCGGGACCAGCCAGUUGUACACAGUGGCGGGGGGGUGGCUGGGUGACCUCUUCGAGCAGCUGAGCAGGCGCCUGAGGAUGUCCAUCACCCUCUUCCACGGCAGGUGGGGCACGCUGCUGCCCCACCCGCACCCGCUGGCCUGCGCCCUCGGCGAGCCCGUCGACACCCGCGAGGUUCGGGACGCCGGGGACGCCCACGCGCUCUGGUGCGCCCGCCUGCGAGCCGCCUACGAGGAGCACCGCGGGGACUUUGGGUGGGCGGGGCGCCCGCUGUUCUUCGAGGGCGAGGACGCGUUGCCUCCACCGCCGAGGGACCCGCUGGAGUCGUACACGGCCCUGCCUCGCCUGAGCAAGCUUUGA